AUGAGUAUAGGGCGAAGUCCUAGCCUGGGACGGAGCCCGAGUCUGAUUCGCAGGCUCUCUCGAGGAGCACAUAACAAACUUCGACGCAGGGCGUCCACCCAACAUUCAAUGCGCAUUCGCGACCCUAGCGCUGGCCCUACUCUCAUUCGCCGACGAAGCGAUAGCAAUGGCGCCUCUGAUAUGGGCCAGGACGUCUCAGAUCUGGAUCUGGACAGCACCGCAGAGGACGUCAUUGAAGACACUCCUUAUCCCGCUUUACCAUCUUCCUUCCGAGACCGAAGCAAUGGCCUCGGCAUCAGCCUUGGCAGGCCCAGCUUGGCUUCUAGCAACGGCAACAACACUAGCGUUUUCGAAGGAGGCAUCGCACCAGCCAAUUCCGCUGUCUUGGAAAACGGGACCUGGCUCACGAAACUUACGAAGCGUAGCACGAAACGGAUCAAACUCUGGUUGGAUUCAAACUCGGCGCGGGUAUGCUGGCAUUCGUCGAACCCCAGCAAAUCGUUCUUCAUCGACGAUGUGAGAGAAGUACGUGUAGGCAUCGAGUCGAGGAACGCCCGAGACGACGUCCAAAUACCUGACGAGCAGGAGGGUCGUUGGGUCACGAUCGUCUACGAUGUACCUGAACGAUCAAAGGGCAGGACCAUCAAGACAAUGCAUGUUCUGAUGCCUGACGACUACUUAUUGAAGCUCUGGACGGAUGCACUCAACACCGUGACCAGAGAACGAAUCGAGAUCAUGAACGCCUUGUCUUCGUCACCUGAGAAGAGCGAACGAAGCAUGACGAUGGCGUGGCGACAAGUCAUGGCUCGUAAAGGACAGCCUGUCGAGGAACGCUUCUCUUUGGACGACGCAAGAUGGUUAUGCCGUAAACUCGAGAUCAACUGUUCCGACUCUGCUGUCCAGACUCACUUCAGGGCGGUCACUGCCGACGAAGCAGCUGGCUUGGACUUUGAGCAGUACCGCAGCUUCGUCCAGUCUUUCCGCGAACGAAAGGACAUUCAACACAUCUACAGGAACAUGAAAUGCGGCACUGACUUGGACAUGGACCUGAGGACGUUUCUGGAUUUUCUCAAGACUGAACAGGCCGUCGACGUCAUCAAGGAGAAAGCAUAUUGGGAGAGCGUGUUUGACAAGUACUCCCGUCCCUCGCAGAACCGACCUGCUCUGCCGGACGCGCCACCCGCAGCCCCCCAACGCAUGCUCAACAUGCAGAGUUUCCAGAACUUCCUCACAUCGUCACACAGCUCACCACUUGUACCACUUCGAGGCGAGCCCACACUGGACAAACCCCUGAACGAGUACUACAUCUCUAGCUCGCACAACACCUACCUGUUGGGUCGCCAAGUCGCGGGAGCAUCCAGUGUGGAAGGCUAUAUCGCCGCCUUGGUAAAAGGCUGUCGAUGCGUGGAGAUCGACUGCUGGGACGGCGACGAUGGCAGACCUAUGGUCACGCAUGGUCGAACGAUGACGACCAAGAUCCCGUUCGAAGACUGUGUUUCCGUCAUUGCCAAGUACGCCUUCAACAGCUCGCCUUAUCCACUGAUUGUCUCUCUGGAGGUACAUUGCAGCGCGGAUCAGCAGCUUGUCAUGGUCGAUCUGAUGAGGAAGUACUUCGGCACCAUGAUGGUGACGGAGCCAAUCGUGCCGAAUCCUGUCAGUUUACCAUCUCCUGAAGAGUUGCGACACCGGAUCCUGGUCAAAGUCAAGGCCUCUGAAGACAUGCAACCACCUCACCCGCUUUACGACGUGGCUAACGGUCUCUCAACUGUUGGGCGCUCUAGGGCACGAAGCAUCAACAGCUUUACCCGAACCCCCUCGAUUGAGAAUCAAAGCAACGUUUCUUCACCUUUGGUGGCGAGCUCAAUCGCGACCAGUCCUUCUGAGAUUCAGCCCGCCUCGACGCCGCGAGGCUCCACCACUUCUGGUCUGACCGCGACACCAAGUAGCUCUGCCGAGGACAGCGAUGAAGUGCCUAUGAUGAACUCUGACCUGAAGUCGGAGAACUCGAAGAAGCGCACCAAGACAAGCAGAAUCACCGGCGAACUGGGCAAAUUGGGCGUGUACACUCAGGGCAUCAAGUUCAAUGAAUUUCAAGGACCAGGCGCAAAGACCUUCAACCAUGUCUACUCUCUGAAUGAGAAUACAUUCGACCGACUUUGCACCAAGAACACCGAUAACAAGGCAAUUCUCGAGAAGCACAACCAGCGGUAUCUGAUGAGAAUCUAUCCUGCCCCAAGGCGUAUCGAUUCCUCCAACUUCAAUCCGCUGCAGUCGUGGCGACGUGGCGUGCAGAUGGCUGCGCUGAACUGGCAAACCUACGACGUUCAUCAACAAGUCAACGAGGCCAUGUUCGCUGCCGGUUCAGACCGCCUCGGCUACGUUCUCAAGCCAGAUGAGCUUCGUCAUGCCAAACACGUACCCAUCGCCGACACUAUCGCCGAGAUGCCCGAGAAGAAGGAAAAGAAGGGCAAGAAGCUCGUCAAGUUCAGCGUCGAAAUCAUCUCUGCUCAGCGACUGCCGCGACCACGAAACCAAAAUGCCGAGGCCGGUAUGAACCCCUACAUCGAAUUCGAAAUGUACUCGGCCGAAGACAAGGCUCGUGGUAUUGCGACGGCUGAAGGUGGUACUGACGCGUCAGCGCGUGAUGGAACAUCCGGCAUCGGGUCACCGCUUCGCAAGCGAACGCGCAUUGUCGAGGGCAACGGCUUUGAUCCCCAGUACUACCAGCUCAUCACUCUUGCGGCGGAGACCAAGUAUCCGAACCUGAUCUUUGUGCGCUGGACGGUGUGGAACGCCCCAGAGGGGAAGAAGUCGGCCUCCAACAGCGCCCUCCUCGCUACCUUCACGGCAAAGCUCAGCAGUCUGCAGCAAGGGUACCGGCACCUGCCAUUGUUCAACCCCCAGGGCGAGCAAUAUCGCGACGCAAAGCUAUUCGUCAAGAUCAAGAAGGAGGGGCCCAUCCCCUUGCAACAUGAAGACAACGCUUACGGCUUGAUGGACCCGUCAGCGUCCCCUCGGCCCGAAGCCAUCAGGCCGGAGCGGUCUUGGCCACGUCGCAUCUUCAGCCGUAACCCAAGCGAGCGGCGGAAGAAAGACAACGGCAGCGAGAUUGCCGGGCCUUUGAGCCGAACUUCGAGCAUGGACCGCGAGUCUAUCAAAUGA